AUGAUUGUUCGCAAAGCGACCGCUCUGGUGCUAUGUCUUCAGUUGUCAUCGUCGAUUGAAUCUGUAGCUGCCGUUCCAUCUAUCCAGACACAAUCGGGCCUCGUCAAAGGAAGACUAGCUACUGGAACCUCAGAUGUUGCCGAAUACCUAGGUAUCCCAUAUGCUCAGCCUCCAGUAGGAGAACUACGAUGGGUGCCUCCACAAAGUUAUAAUGGAUCGGAUACAAUUGAUGGCACAGGAUUUGGAUACACUUGUCCAGCCCAGAUUACGCUGGUGACAAAUGAAACUAUUGCAGAAGAAUAUCAUUUUACAGAACAAGCAGACGACAUUCUAGUGUCUUUACUAGGGCAACCAGGAGUGGAAUACAGUGAAGACUGUCUCACUUUGAAUGUGUGGACGAAAAAUCCUAGUAGCAGUGCCAAAAAGCCUGUUUUAUUCUGGAUCUAUGGGGGAGGGUUUAAUACCGGUACGACAAAUAACACGGGCUACAGCGGUAGACAUAUUGUUGAAAAGGAGGAUGUUGUGAUGGUAUCCGUUAACUAUCGUCUAAACAUAUUUGGGUUCCCUGGAGCGCCCAAUGCUCGCAAUAAUCUUGGCCUUCUCGACCAACGCCUUGCAGUAGAAUGGGUUCGUGACAACAUUGAAGCCUUUGGUGGAGAUCCCAGCCGCAUUACCAUCUUUGGACAGUCCGCCGGAGGUAGCUCAGUUGACUAUUACUCUUACGCAUGGACUGCCGAUCCCAUUGUCGCGGGAUUCAUCGCCGAGUCAGGCACAGUCUACGCACCAGACUCUCAGAGUGAUGCAAGCACGGCAGCAAAAGCAUGGUACAACGUCUCGAGCACGCUUGGAUGUGGAGACGCCAGUUCCGAUCCAGACUCGGUACUGAGCUGCAUGCGCUCCAAGGACUGGCAAACCAUUCAGAGCGGAAUCCCGACGGGAAGCGGCAUAGAAGGAGUGACGGGCUCAUUCGGCCCAACGAUCGACGAAACAGUCGUCUUUUCCGACUAUAUCGCGCGCUCUGCAGCGGGAAAUUUUAUCCAGCGGCCGUUGAUGAUCGGCAACAACCAGAACGAAGCUGGGUUGUUCAAGCCCAUUCUUGAGCUAGAGGGUGUUACUUACCCAGAGGCUCUGUGGGAUUACCUAGAAUUCAUCCUCUACACAUGCCCAAUCAAGUAUCGCUCAGAAGCCUCCGUGAGCGAGUCGGUCCCAACGUGGCGAUAUCGAUACUUUGGAAAUUUUCCGAAUCUAAAACUCACUACUAUACCGGACUCUGGCGCGUGGCAUGGUAGCGAGAUUCCUCUUAUACUGGAUACUGAUAUGGAUAUCCAGCACUUGGUCCCACGUACAGAUGCAGAGAACCAAAUUGCUGAUUACCUCCGAGGUGCCUGGGUUGCUUUUGUAACGGACCCAGAAAACGGUCUGACAACAUAUGGCCUUCCUCAAUAUAAACCGCUAAGCAACACACUCUUGCGGCUGGGUUACAAUAACCAAACUGGGCCGCAGGCUGUGAACCCCAUUGAGUACGACGUUGGAUGUGAUAUUACCACCACUGUCUCUGAAAUCCUGGCAAAGAUUUCCAGCCUUUUGUAG